AUGUCGAUGCGUGACGCCGAGCGCGCGGCGGCGCGCAGGGUGCGCGCGCUCGGAAGCGCGAUGCGCGCGUCGUCGGCGAACGCGCGCGCGUCGGUGGUGGUGUUCGGAGGGACGUGCGUGGACGCGCACGCGCGAGCUGGACGCGCGGGCGCGCUGAAACGCGGAACGUCCGCGAUCGGACGCGCGUGGAGCGCGCUGGGGGGCGUGGGGAUGAACGUCGCCACGGCGUGCGCGUCCGCGAGCGCGCGGACGUCGACGCGAUUGGUGAGCGCGGUGGGUGACGACGCGGAUGGAGACGCGGCGCUCGAGGAGUGGUCGAGACGGGCGCGCGGCGGAGGCGACGAUGGCGUGCGAAUAGUGAAGGGUGGACGCACGGCGCGCGUCGUAGCGGUGCUGGAUGGUGAUGGAGAGAUCGCGGCGUGCGUCGCGGACGUGGAGAUCGUCGAGGAGGGGGUGGACAGCGCGUGGUGCGCCUCGCAGGCGAACGCGUGCCGGGACGCGCGCGGGAUGGUUUUAGACGGUAAUCUCGGUCAAGAGGCGAUCGAGACGGUGAAAGAGAUGGCGAGAAAGUUCAAUAAGUGGCUUUGGUACGAACCAGUGAGCGUGGAAAAGUCAACGCGGAUCUUGGGAGGCGGAGUUGACGACGCCGCUCGACCGCUCCGUGGAGUGACGUUUUGUUCGCCCAACGCCGCGGAGCUUCGAGAGCUCGCAAACGGGGUUCGUCGGGGAUGGGCGAAGGGAUCACCCAUGUCGCCGUGUCCGUUCAACCCAGAGUUCAAGUUUAAGAACGCAAGCGAGGCGUUGGAUGCUCUCGCGAGUGACGUGUGCACGGUUUUAGCUGCCGGAUGCGAGCACGUAGUCCUCACUCUCGGCCCGCUUGGUGUGGUCGUCUCCAGCGCGCCGAGCGACGGCGAGGUUUCUCGAGCGACACACACGCACGUUCCGGCGGUGAGAGCGGACGUUGUAUCUCUCGUCGGUGCCGGUGACGCGCUCGUUGGAGGCGCGGUGGGAGCACUGGCGGAGGGCGCAAGUCUGCUGAUAGCCAUCGCGAGAGGGGUCGCGUGCGCGUCGAUAGCGUGCGAACGUGCCGGUGCUGCUCUGUUAGACGUCGACGCGAACGAGAUGGAGAAGCGGGCGGCAAUCGCGUUCGCCGGGAUUUCAAUAUUAGCACCGGCAGUGCGUUGA